CAGGGUUCUCAACGUGAUGCAAAUGUGCAUGCCUUCCAACCAAGGCUUUGCCCAACCAGAGAGCAGCUUUGGCAAGCUUCAGCUUUCCCGCUUUUGGGGCUGGUGGCUCUUAUCUCGGCGAAGAUCUACGCCGCGCGAUAAGGGUCUCGGCGAUGUCGACGUGCUCUGGUGACUAGCACUAGUAGUCCUCAGGUGGAUGACUCGACACCAAACCAACAGUAGCCCAAUUGAGGUCGGCGCUCACGACUCUGGCAUAUAUGGCGAUACAUUGGACUUGAUUCUUCCAAUAUCCGCCUCGUAACCGAUCUAAGGCGCUGUAGCUUAGAUCCGGAUUCCAUCAUGCUGGGCUUUGUCAUCGCCGUCCCCGAGGCGCUGAAGUCUCUGGGAGUCGGCGAGGCGCUCUCGGGUGUCUUUGGCAGCAUCAGCUUGACAGCUUGGAUAUGUCUCUUGCUUCCCCAGCUAAUCACGAACUACAAGGCGAAGAGUGCAGACGCCUUAUCAAUGAAGUUCCUCCUGAUAUGGCUGCUCGGCGAUAUUGCGAAUCUCUCUGGCGCCCUCUUCACGAGCCUCGCGCCCUCGACAAUAGCCCUCGCUUGCUACUUCUGCAUGGCCGACCUGAUUCUCAUAAGUCAAUGCACGUACUACAACACAAUAAACGCCCGCCGUCGCGCCGCCCGCCGCGAGCGCCACCUUCACCACCCCAGCCAGCACCAUCACCGCAGACGCCCUUCCACUACCGCAGACCCGCUCGACGUCUCGACAUCAUCAGCAGUGAUCGAUGAUGUCCCACCCAGCGAAACUGAUCCCCUCCUGCACCACGAUGACCACACGACCCACCAUCGUCCGCGGAGCGACUCCGGCGGCCUCCCGGGCUCACACCGUCGUCACGGAAUCCGCCGUCACUCGAGCAGCGGGCUGGUCGAUCCGCUGACACGCAUCAUCACGGGGGAAGACGACACGCCCGACAGCAACCCGUGGCUGCACAACGCGCUGAGCCUGGUCGCCGUGUGGGUGGUGGGUGCCGCGGGCUGGUUCGUGAGCUUCAAGAUGGGCGCAUGGGAUGUCGGCGGCGGAGCGGGAGGCGAACCCGUGCCUGGGGAUGAUGGUGGUAGUGGUGAGCAGGUGAUGAAGCACCCGGUGGCGAUGGUGGGGAUGGUGCUUGGGUAUGCCAGCGCAGUCUGUUAUUUGUGCGCGCGCAUCCCGCAAAUCAUCAAGAAUUACCGCGAAAAGUCGUGUGAGGGGUUGGCGUUACUCUUCUUUUUGUUGUCGCUGACGGGCAACUUCACCUACGGCGCGAGCGUCAUCGCGUACUCCCAGGAGUCGGACUACAUUGUCCGGGCCCUGCCGUGGCUGCUCGGUUCCUUGGGGACCAUGGUCGAGGACUGUAUCAUCUUUGUACAGUUCCGGAUAUAUUCCCCCAAGAGGCAGGUCAAGGCGGGUGGGACGGUCUGAAGACGCUACUUUCCCGUCUUCGACUUACUUGCACAGGUUGCACGCUUGCAUGAUGGUUGGUCGACGGGGCUCAUGGGAUCUGAUGGAUUGGGAUGAUUACGCCGAUGAUGGACGCAUGCAUACGAGGCAGACGAGAGUGACUUCAGGUUUGCCGCGUGGUUGUUUGGCCUUGCAUCUCUGGGGCGCCCCGGCUUUGCUUCUACAAACUGGUUGUGUUUUGGGCGUUUGGCAUAGCUAGCUGAUCGUUGUUUG